ACUAAUGUACGAACACAAUUUCAGUCUAAUGUCACCGCAGAACACCAUAUUUUCACGCAUUACGUAUAGUAAGAAUAUACACCAUUCUUGUAUAUGUUUUUCGAAAAGCAUUAACAGUGCAAGUGAUGUAUUACAAGAUCAUUCCGUCCAAUUUGAAAGUCAAUAGGCCUAUUUUCACAAUCGUCGCAGCUUCGACAGAACUUUGGAGGUCACGUGAAAGAAGAUGGACGUCCGGUACAAAGAAAAGCUCCAGCAGAAUGCAGACAUCAUCGCUGAGGAGAUCGAUGCCGAACAAGUAUGCCUUUACCUCAACGGAACCGUCCUGACGUCAUUCGAAGUCGACAAGAUCUACGCCGUCAAAUCCCGCCAGGAGCGCGCACGACGUCUUCUCAACCUCAUCAUGACCAAAGACACCAUGGCAUAUCAGCAUUUCCGGUACGCGCUCCGCGAGCGAUAUGCGCACAUCGUCCGCAAGCUGGACGAUACCGCCGUGUGCGCGUCGGACAAAGAGAACGGGGAGUUUGAACGGAACCGCGUCCUGAAGCGCCGAGAUUCGCUCAUUCUGAACAUCCAGACUGAAGAUCUUGUGGAUUACAUGAAGCAAGAGGGCACCCUAACCAGCAAUGACUGUAACAGAAUAAGGGCAGGUGCUAGUAAAGAGGACAAGGCAAGGAUUAUGGUGGAUUCAUUAUCGGACAAAGGACCACAAGCCUACAAGACAUUGUCCCUGGCUAUCAGAGCUAGGCAGCCUCAACUCGCUAAGAUAUUUGAGAAAACAGACUGAAGCAUUUAAAGUUGCAACAUAUUUUAUGACACAUUCCAGAGCCAUCUCCUCAUAAAUUCAGACAACUUGACCUGCAACGAAGACGUUAUGUUCCUUUAAUCCUGGGGUCCGUUUCAUAAAGCUGUUCGUAAGUUAAGAGCGACUUUAAGAACGACUGGUGAUCCUUUCUUACGCGCUAAACCAUCGCCAAUGAACAUUUUGGUAUAUACUCUACCACAAGAAAGGAUCACCAGUCGUUCUUAAAGUCGCUCUUAACUUACGAACAGCUUUAUGAAACACCCACCUGGACCUACUACUCUGAGGUCCAUGCUUUAAUCCAAAUUAUGCCAGACGAAAAGGUAACUACUACUUUCCUGUACAAAAAAAAACGACCUAUCAUUGUUAUAAUUAUAUUCGUUGUUGUUAUGGUAAGUUAAAGUUGAAAUAUAAUAGUUUAUGUUUACCAAAGAUGCCGGCUGAAUAAAUUUCGAAACCUGUAUUUCGAAAUACAGCCAACCUAUUGGACUUGUGACAAUAUGCUGCUUAUAGACACUGCAAUAACCGUUAGUUGAGGUGUAUACAUCUCCGUUAAUUUACAGUCUUUACCUGCAUGUUUACUGCCAUAGUUAAUCAACUAUUAAAGUAGACUGGCGGAGACACAAAAUAAAAUUGAACACACUAUAAUUAUAUAUUAGUUGUAAAUGGUUGCAAUCAAUUUUAGCAUUUUAAUACAUGUUGCUUAAAAUACAAAUUCCAUAGUACUUCGUAAUGCCAUUCACAAAGCAAUCGUAGUAUCAGUUAUGUGUCUAAAUGUGUAAUUUAUAGUAUGCUUGCACGGAAUUGAUAAAGCUACACACCCGUAUCGGGCAAAGUUGAUUAAGUGACUUUUAGGUGCAUAACAUUUGACAAUUCACACAACUACCCAAAACGAGGUUAUAAUGAUGAGUGUAUCGAUUAAUAUUGAAAUAGUUUGUUUGAAAUUUGGAACAUUCCCAAAUGGCAAAGUAAAUGAAUGCGUUUAUGUUGUAUAUUAUCUUUUUAAAGCCAUACUUACAAUCACGUACACAAUUUAGAAAUGAACUAUUAGCGAAUGCCUAAAUGUGCAUGACGUGAUAUAAUUUUGAAAACCUUUGAUACCCUAAAAUUUACACGUUACGCGUCUCACUUUACGAGACUUUUCAAAAUCAGCGAACCCAAGUUCACUAAUGUGAUGUCACUUGAUUCAAUUAUGACGUCAUAAAGAAACGAGACUGUUCAAAAUCAGGGAACACAAGUUCACUAAUCAUUUAUUGUGACGUCACUUGAUUCAAGUAUGACGUCAUAAUGACAGGGCGAGCCUCGGCGAUCUAUACGCGCAUGCCAAUGCCGUCAUCGCCUUACGUGCGCCGACUGUGACCUUUCAAUUUGCCCUACUUCAGGCUGAAUGUCAACAAACGGGCAAUGCAUUCUGGGAUUUGUUUUCAAUAUGGCUUUACGUUCUCCUUUUAGUGUAGAGAGCGAUUAAUUUGAAGAGGUACUCAAAAACUAUUCAGUAUACAAGUAACGAAUGUUUAUAAGUGCAAUGUACAGAAUACUUCAUGCGGUGAAAGACGAAAUUAUCCAUUCGACGAGGCGAUGAAUGGAUCCAAAAUUGCAAGGAUGAUGACAACAUUAAAAAAUGGGCUGAAUGAUCGACAUCAAACAACCAAUCAUAUGACAAGUAUCUUUACAGGUGUCAUAUAAUUCAUACUAUUAUCCGAAACUUUUCAGAUUAAUUAAGAAUAAGAUGUUUAUAAAUUCAUAUCAGCACAAGUUUGGUAUGAUAAUUUGGUUUAAAGUCAAGUUACAUUUGUCAUUCCGCCUCGGCAUUCGCGCAUACAGAAUGUCUCCAAAACGGCAAAGUUGAUAAGUGAAUGUUAGAGUAUUUAUUUGAAGAUGAGUUUGAUACAUGUGAAAUAAAAAAGAGCUGCUACACAGAGACAUUCUUAAACAUUCCAUUGUUGUAGAUAUGAAGAUUUAUAUAGGGAUAUCUCUAAUUCAUGAUGACAUGUAUAACUUAUUUUAAUGAUAUAUAUUGCUAUUAAUGUAUGAAUAUUUUUUCUACGCAAUGAUCGCUAUUACGAAAUAUUCCAUAUUUCAACUAUUUUCCUUUUUUAAAGAGUUUGUCCCAACACUUACAUAUAUUUCAAAACCAUGAUUCAUAUGCAACAAUUCCACCCAUUAAUCAUAUUUUGUUUAUAUUUUCUGAUAUUUUUGCUUCAAUUGACAUUAGAUUUUAAGUUGCCGUCCUGUGUGAUGCAAUUUUUACACGUUUGAUAUUUAGACUAAAGUGUAAAUGUGCGAAAAAUAGGGCUAAAGUAUAGCUAAAUAAAUAAUACAAAAGUAGAAAAAAAAUA